GAUGAGUUGGGAAAGACCAGGAUUCCAGCAUCUUUCAACGAGUAAGUACAGGAUAAAAAGUCCCCUAACUUUCGCAGCUAAAAACUGGCUCAGAAACAAUCACAGUAAAAGCUCCUUGACUGACACCCUCUAGUGCCCUUCUCUCACUGUUUAGUAAUUGCUCUCAUUUCUAUCUCUCUCUCUCUCUCUCUCGCUCUCGCUCUCGCUCUCUCCCUCUCCCUCUCCCUCUCCCUCUCCCUCUCCCUCUCCCUCUCCCUCUCCCUCUCCCUCUCCCUCUCCCUCUCCUCUCGCUCUCGCUCUCGCUCUCGCUCUCGCUCUCGCUCUCGCUCUCGCUCUCGCUCUCGCUCUCGCUCUCGCUCUCGCUCUCGCUCUCGCUCUCGCUCUCGCUCUCGCUCCAGUAGGCCUGCUUUCAAUAAUGACCUUCUCUCUCUGGAUCCGUUUGGCCCCACCCUGGGAGGCUCCUCCUCAUCAACAGGUAAGCCCCGCCCCAACCCACCAUGUUUUUCUCAGAGCUGUAUAAACAGAGUUUCGAUGUACUCCUAUGGGUGGCUAGGCGAGUUCGGUGACAACCAUGGGGUUCUAUCUAGAUCACUUUCCUAAAGUAUGGGUCGCGACCAUGUUAAUGGUGGGUCAUUUGGGAUCUGAACUUACUGUUGAGAGUUAGAAUAGUAGAAUGCACAAGGUGCAUUUUAGAAAUGUGGUUGUGCAUCUGCAGUUUUUCUCUUGUUAUGUCAGUCACUGACAGUCACUCAAUUAGCCAUGUCAGCUAACAUUUUUUAGAUGAGUAAUUGAGUCUAGCCAGCUAUCCGAUACCAACCGGGCACGCAGGGCAUAUGCCCAGGGGCUUUGACCCCCAGGGUGCCCCCAUUUUGAUUUUGGUAGUCACUCCCACUCACAUACUGUAUCAUAUUAACAUGGCAAAAGGUGUAGAAUUGCAGGAAUUCAGCUUUCAAACUGCAAAUGUCUCUCCAUCCCAUAGCAAAAUGAACAGAAUUGCAUAAAAUGUGUUUUAAAAUUGCAACAUUUUCUGCACGCCCCAUGGCAAAAUGUGUAGAAUUGCAGGAAAUGUACUUUAAAACAUAAAUGUUUCUCUCCGCUGUCAAGAAGGGGGUCACUAAAUUCUUUUGUACUAUUAAAAAUGUUUUCGGACCUUUCAUUAUGGUAUAUUUUGUGUAGGUGGGUGAGAUUUCUUAAAAUAUUUAAUCAAUUUUGAAUUCAGGCUGUAACACAACAAAAUGUGGAAUAAGCAAGGGGUAUGAAUACAUUCAGAAGGCACUGUAUAGGGAGGAAUGGUCUAUGAUCCCUCCCAAUGUGUUCCCCAAUCUCAUAAAACAUUUUAGAAAAGGGCUCAUUCCUCGCGAGGGGAGGGUGCCGGAGUAUUGAAAACAGGGGUGCCAAUAAUGUUUACCCCCAUCUUUUCGAUAUUUGUUUUCAUUAGCAAUUGUAUUAGUAUAAAAUAAUAUAAUUAAAACAAAUAUAUGUUUUGCAUACAAUAUAGCGCAACAUUUGUAGAAUUUAUAGAAUUUGUAGAAUUUAUUUUAUAGUCUUUUUUUGCUCAUUUAUUUUUGCUCAUUUAUCGAGGGUGCCAAUCAUUUAGGUCAUGCCUGUAUAUAAAUGGCUCUGGUUUUCACUCUAAUCUCAGACUACUGCUGAUACAGACAUGACCCCACACAGCUCCACGGGUAGGCCAGGCAGUCCCCUGCAGAGCUCAACAACAUUAGGAAGCUCCUACUGUGUACACAUUACACAUAUACAUCAGUCCUCCUCAUACAUAUCUUAUGUUGACAGGGGCCUCUCCAGUGCUCACUCCCAACCUAAACUUAAGUUGUGUGUCUGAGAGAAUGUUUUGUGGACUGUCUGUAUUGGUUAUGAGUUUCUAAUAGAUGAUGUUUCUAAUAGGAGAUUUUGCUCAUACCUUUAUUUUAUUUACAGUUUUUUUUUAUUUUACUGUUUUUUUUGUUAAAUGUUUAUUUGAAGCUUUUGUCAUAAAUGUUUGUGUGGAAUUCUUGUCACAGUUUUGAUUAGUAUGCAUUUAUCUGUCUUCAAAUGUAAGUACAUUCUAAGUCAAAAGACAUUUCACACAUAUAUUAUUUAGUAUACUCUACCAGUGAAAGGUUUUAGAACACCUACUCAUUCCAGGGAUUUUCUUUAUGUUUACUAUGUUAUACAUUGUAGAAUAAUAGUGAAGACAUCAAAACUAUGAAAUAACACAAGUAACCAAAACAUUUUUAUAUUUGAGAUUCUUCAAAUUGCCACCCUUUGCCUUGAUGACAGCUUUGCACACUCUUGGCAUUCUCUCAACCAGCUUCACCUGGAAUGCUUUUCCAACAGUCUUGAAGGAGUUCCCACAUAUGCUGAGCACUUGUUGGCUGCUUUUCCUUCACUCUGCGGUCCGACUUAUCCCAAACCAUCUCAAUUGGGUUGACACAUUCUCCACCGGUCUGAUGUCCAUUGCUCAUGUUUCUUGGCCCAAGCAAGUCUCUUCUUAUUAUUGGUGUCCUUUAGUAGUGGUUUCUUUGCAGCAAUUCGACCAUGAAGGCCUGAUUCACACAGUCUCCUCUGAACAGUUGAUGUUGAGAUGUGUCUGUUACUUGAACUCUGUGAAGCAUUUAUUUGGACUGCAAUUUCUGAGUUAACUCUAAUAAACGUUAUCCUCUGCAGCGGAGGUAACUGUGGGUCUUCCAUUCCUGUGGCGGUCCUCAUGAGAGCCAGUUUCAUCAUAGCACUUCAUCUUUUUUGCGCCUGCACUUGAAGAAACGUUCAAAGUGUUUGAAAUGUUCCGUAUUGACUUAAAGUAAUGAGGGAAUGUCGUUUCUCUUUGCUUAUUUGAGCUGUUCUUGCCAUAAUAUGGACUUGGUCUUUUACCAAAUAGGGCUAUCUUCUGUAUACCAACCCUACCUUGUCACAACACAACUGAUUGUCUCCGAAGGAAAGACAUUCCACAAAUUAACUUUUAACAAGGCACACCUGUUAAUUGAAAUGCAUUGCAGGUGACUACCUCAUGAAGCUGGCUGAGAGAAUGCCAAGAGGGUGCAAAGCUGUCAUCAAGGCAAAGGGUGGCUGUUUGAAGAAUCUCAAAUAUAAAAUAUAUUUAGAUUUGUUUAACACCUCUUUGGUUACUACUUGAUUCCAUAUGUGUUAUUUCAUAGUUUUGAUGUCUUUGCUAUUAUUCUACAAUGUAGAACAUGGUAAAAAUAAAGAAAAACCCUUGAAUGAGUAGGUGUGUCCAAACUUUUGACCGGUAGUGUAUGUAAAGACAAGAUUAAAUCAAGAAUAUUCUGAUGGGUGACAGUAUUAGCCUAUAACUUGUGAAUUAUAUAUUAUCACUUGUGAAUGAUGCCCAGCUUAAGGCAAGAAACAGCGCAUGUCUUUUUUUUGCGACUUUUUCAAAUAAUAGUCACACACCAUGUAGCCCAGCCCAUAGGCCUAUAUGUUUUGAAAAGGUUUGUAUCACAACUAAAGUGGCCAAUUUGUAAAAAAAUUAUUAAGCACAUAAUCCGCUUUACAACUGGUGUAGAGCCUAACUUGCAUGCAUACAUACGCAGCGUGUGAGUUUCAAAUUUGGGGAAGAUUAUUUUCACCAUAAAAAUGCACCUUCAUAUUAAAAGCAUUACAUGUAUUUACGGUCACUUUUGAGAAUGGUGUUUUCAUGGGGGAUAGUAGAUUGACAUAGGCUAGUGCUUUUGCUGUUCGUUAGGCCUACUCAUCUUGUUGGCUGACGAAAAGUUCUUCCAAUAUCUUCAUGCGCCUCGGAAUUGGAUACGGACGUGUGUCUGUCUUCACUUGUAUCCUGUGAGAAAUACCCUAUCAUGUGAUGGAGAGCCAUGUGAGUGAGAGGUGCUUCGGAGCAGACAGCCAGGAGAAUUAUAAUUAUUAUAUUCAGCCCAAGGGCACAACAGCCACUGGCCGCAAAAGGCAUUGGUUUUUUUGCGGGGGCAUUACGGCCACACAAAGGGGAUGCCGCGGGGAAAUUCAAGGCAUUAUCAAGUGCUUAUCAAAUUGUGAAUGAGAGACUGAUGAAGUGUGUACAGCCUGCUCAAUAAAACUAAGCAGAGCUUCAUGCCUUUCAUGCCACUUUUUUCAAAUCAUCAUUAGUUGCAUCAUGCAUCCUUAGAUUGUAUUAAAAAUCAAAACAUAUAGCCCAACGUUUGUAUCACAACUAAAGUUACAGAAAUUACUCUAAAUUAAGCAUAUAUAGGAGUACCUGUUUCUUUGUUAACCGCUCAACACAGAAUAGCUGCAUGUGCACACUCCCUCAAUUCAUUUAGAGAAAAUAUAAUUUAUAUUUUAUUCAGCUAUGUUCAAUUGUAUUCUUCAUACUAUAAAAUAAUGCCAUGGAAUUCUAAGAAAAUCAUGUCUGCUAAAUGAACUAGUGUAGCCCACAGCCAUUUGGCAUAGCCAGAUCAGGGCCUAACAUAAGGAUAACUCAGAGUAUGCUAUUCUGUUCUUCUGAAAUAGACUACAUUUUCUUCAUAUCAUGUGUCUUUAGACCUGUCUAAAAUAAAUAAUGGAUUUAUUGUGAUGGUGUAGGCUAUAUUAAAUGGAUUUAUUCGACUUUUUUUAAAUGUAGAUGUUCCAAAGGUCUGAAUCAGUGGCUUGUAGGCUGUGUGUGGAAGCCAGGAGAUGCUAAAUGUGUUUGUUAAUUAACGGUGUGUGUGACUGACUGUGUGUGUGUGACUGACUGUGUGUGUGUGUGACUGACUGUGUGUGUGUGACUGACUGUGUGUGUGUGACUGACUGUGUGUGUGUGUGACUGACUGUGUGUGUGUGACUGACUGUGUGUGUGUGACUGACUGUGUGUGUGUGACUGACUGUGUGUGUGUGUGUGACUGACUGUGUGUGUGUGUGUGUGUGACUGACUGUGUGUGUGUGUGACUGACUGUGUGUGUGUGACUGACUGUGUGUGUGUGACUGACUGUGUGUGUGUGACUGACUGUGUGUGUGUGUGACUGACUGUGUGUGUGUGACUGACUGUGUGUGUGUGACUGACUGUGUGUGUGUGACUGACUGUGUGUGGGUUUUAAAUAGAGUGACGUUAGUGCUGACCCAUUGCCUGGGCUAAUUGUAAUCCACCGUUAAUUGCACCUAGUUUGGGUCAGAGGGCUGGCUAUAAGGCCCACUGGCACGUAUGCUGUCAAACACUAUCUCGUUACUGUCAAAGGUCCUGGCUUAAAAGCCAAAAGAGCAGUGUAAAGUGCCCUGGUUAAGAUACGGUGAUGAUGCUGUUUAAGCUCUCUGUGUACAAUAGAGGCAUUACCAGGCGUUAAUACACACAUGACACAUUCAUCACAUUCAACUAGCCCUGACUGAACUGCAAACAGUUAUUUCGAGAAACCUGUAAGAAUGUAUAGUUGUGUUUGAUUAUUCAGGGACUUUCUAACUUUUAAGUUGGUUAUUUUGCUUUUCCUUCUUUUUGUGUCUUAUUUUCUGUGUGUAAGAUUUGCAGUCUUGUGUUUGGUUGCUGUGUUAUUGUUUUUUGCUCUCUGUGUGUGUUAACCCUCCUCCUUUCUUCCCCUUUCACCCCUCCUCCUCAGACAUCUACUCUCUUUCCCUCUCCAUUCCCUUUAUCUCCUCUACACAUUAACGAGUCCCUGUCUUUCUGCCAGGGGAGCCAGGUAAAAUGUGUUCCUUAGCUGCCCCUCUUUAGAACAGUGUGGUUGCACUGUACUGAAUAGUUGUCCAAGUAUCCAAUAGCUUUUCAACUAUCUAUCCACACUUACAAAUAGCCUUUACAUGGCAUCCAACAUUUGAUUCAAUUGCUUGUCGUUGUGUGUUUUUUGGUUGCGUUUGGUCUUUCAAAUGAACGCGUUUUGUGUCAAAAAAUUUGUUUUUUUUGUCUCUCAAAAGAUCCACUCUGUUAUCGUAGGAUUUCAUAGUUAUGAGUUGUAGCUAUAUUUACUUUGUUCAAUCAAGCCAGUGAGGAAGAUGGCUAACUUAAACAGUGGUAGAUUGAAAGGCCCUUAUAAGCUUUGAUAAGCUGAGAGCUCUGUGUGGCGCUGCGUGUCUGCAGGGUGUGAUGACCAAACACUCCAAACAGUCAGAGUAGCUGAGCUCCUCUCAACCAGCUGUAAUCCUCUAACAAAUUUAUUACCCACAACCAACCCUUCACAGUUAUAUUUGAACAUGCCAGGCAUUCCUAUCAUAGCCUGACACUCACAUUGCCAAAUGUUGCACAGAGAUUGCAUAUGAUUGCAGUUCACAGUGAACUAGGCCUAAAUCUGGCUGUCCCAUAGCAGGUUGGAUUUAAUGUUUAAAUGGUUUAGAUGGAAACCAUUUUUUAUUAUUAUAGGGAUAGGAAUUAUUUAGCCUUGUUUGUUCAGUUUAAUUGAAUGGAAUAACUCAGGGGGUCCACGAAAAAAGACAUCUAUAGUAAAAAAUUAUACAAAUAAAAAAUGUGUGACUGGUACUAUAUAUAUAUAUAUAUAUAUAUAUAUAUAUAUAUAUAUAUAUAUAUAUAUAUAUAUAUAUAUAUAUAUAUACACAUACACACACACACACACACACACACACACACACACACACACACACACACACACACACACAGUUGAAGUCGGAAGUUUACAUACACCUUAGCCAAAUACAUUUAAACUCAGUUUUUCACAAUUUCUGACAUUUAAUCCUAGUAAAAAUCCCUGUCUUAGGUCAGUUGGGAUCACCACUUUAUUUUAAGAAUGUGAAAUGUCAGAAUAAUAGUAGAGAGAAUUAUUUAUUUCAGCUUUUAUUCCUUUCAUCACAUUCCCAGUGGGUCAGAGGUUUACAUACACUCAAUUAGUAUUUGGUAAUAUUGCCUUUAAAUUGUUUAACUUGGGUCAAACGUUUCGGGUAGCCUUCCACAAGCUUCCCACAAUAAGUUGGGUGAAUUUUGGCCCAUUCCUCCUGACAGAGCUGGUGUAACUGAGUCAGGUUUGUAGGCCUCCUUGCUCGCACACGCUCUUUCAGUUCUGCCCACACAUUUUCUAUAGGAUUGAGGUCAGGGCUUUGUGAUGGCCACUCCAAUACCUUGACUUUGUUGUCCUUAAGCCAUUUUGCCACAACUUUGGAAGUAUGCUUGGGGUCAUUGUCCAUUUGGAAGAACCAUUUGUGACCAAGCUUUAACUUCCUGACUGAUGUCUUGAGAUGUUGCUUCAAUAUAUCCACAUAAUAUUCCUUCCUCAUGAUCAGAGCAUAUGAGCGGAGUGGAGCGGUGAGAAUCUCAGCUCCUCGCUCACGGAGUUGUUCACCCCUCCGCUCCCCCCGCUCAAAGCCACAUUAGGCCAGUCCGCUCAUUAUCGCUCAGCGCUCAACGCAGUUUGCAUCGUGCUCCACUCAAAUCGCCCCCGCUCACUCCAAAAAAGGAACGAAAUCUGCAUGUAUUUCACUUUUAGCUCAAACCACAGCCUUACUUUAUCUCCCCGAAUUUGUUGCAUACAGACUCAUCUCGGAUUAUCCAUUCUGUCUUGAAACGGGGAUCUAACACUGACGCUAAAAUGAGAUGUUAAUCAGUAUAGUAUAUUCCAUAGCGAAUUGACACGUUGUUUGCCAAUGUUUCUGCAAAAGCAGCGAUGCCCAUUGGAAGUGCAGCGUGAGUGUAAUCGGUGAGCAGGGAUUUGAUUUAUGUGACAGCAGGGAGGAUCAUCCCCAGGUUCCCCAGCUCCUUCUGCAUUUUGUCUGUGAGGUCUGCUAGUGGUGUCAGCACACGGACAAGGUGCGUCAGCUGCGGUACUUGAUUCAGGGUGAUGUUAGCAACAUUAGACUUGAGUUUGUUUUGCCAUAACGGGUCUUUUUGGAACAACCGGAUGAACGACUGAAUCAUCCGCAGCUGGCUGCUCCAUCAAAUGGCGCAGGCAUUUGUGGGGCGGACACCUAAUUGGUCGGUUUCCUCUGUGCUCUUGCGUACACUUUUCACCAGGUGCCCGACUUUCACUAACAGCCUAUUAAUGUUGUCGUGCUCGUUAACGGCGUUUUUGAUCGCCAGCUGAAGCAUGUGAAUGGGGCAUCUCAGAUGUAAAUUUGACAAAGUAAAGUACUGAUUUAUCAUAGUUUCUUGGGGGGGGGUGUAGCCCGGUUGAGCUGCGCUGGCGAAGUGUUGCAUCCCUUCGCGUUCUCCUUUACUCAGCGGUUCAUAGUCCAUGAAAAUCAUUUUUUAAAAUGCUACAUCCAGCUCUCUUUUUCUCUCCCUUGUUAUGGUUGGGCCUUUGCCUGCAGUGAAUAAACUUUUGAAUUUCUCAACGCUUUUCUCUUGUUGCUGCUGCUGCUCCUCGCUCUAUAAAAUACAAAUUCUUGGACGACACAAAUUAAAUUAAACAGAUGGAUUCUGGGUCAGGCUUGAGCAUGCUUCAGACUCUUGGUGUGAGCGAGCGAAAUUGGAGCGGGACAUAGGGCGACGCUCCGUCCUUUUAAAAAUGCCGCUCUGCGCUCUGUUCAAAAUCAGUCCGCUCACGCUCCACGCUCGCUCACGCUCCACUCCGCUCAUAUGCUCUGCUCAUGAUGCCAUCUAUUUUGUGAAGUGCACCAGUCCCUCCUGCAGCAAAGCACCCCCACAGCAUGAUGCUGCCACCCCCGUGCUUCAUGGUUGGGAUGGUGUUCUUCGGCUUGCAAGCCACCCCCCUUUUUCCUCCAAACAUAACGAUGGUCAUUAUGGCCAAACAGUUCUAUUUUUGUUUCAUCAGACCAGAGGACAUUUCUCCAAAAAGUAUGAUCUUUGUUCCCAUGUGCAGUUGCAAACCGUAGUCUGGCUUUUUUAUGGCGGUUUUGGAGCAGUGGCUUCUUCCUUGCUGAGCGGCCUUUCAGGUUAUGUCGAUACAGGACUUGUUUUACUGUGUAGAUAUAGAUACUUUUGUCCCUGUUUCCUCCAGCAUCUUCACAAGGUCCUUUGCUGCUGUUCUGGGAUUGAUUUGCACUUUUCACACCAAAGUACGUUCAUCUCUAGAGACAGAACGCGUCUCCUUCCUGAGCGGUAUGACGGCUGCGUGGUCCCAUGGUGUUUAUACUUGCGUACUAUUGUUUGUACAGAUGAACGUGGUACCUUCAGGCGUUUGGAAAUUGCUCCCAAGGAUGAACCAGACUUGUGGAGGUCUACACAUUUUUUUUCUGAGGUCUUGGCUGAUUUCUUUGGAUUUUCCCAUGAUGUCAAGCAAAGAGGUACUGAGUUUGAAGGUAGGCCUUGAAAUACAUCCACAGGUACACCUCCAAUUGACUCAAAUGAUGUCAAUUAGCCUAUCAGAAGCUUCUAAAGCCAUGACAUAAUUUUCUGGAAUUUUCCAAGCUGUUUAAAGGCACAGUCAACUUAGUGUAUGUAAACUUCUAACCCACUGGAAUUGUGAUACGGUGAAUUAUAAGUGAAAUAAUCUGUCUGUAAACAAUUGUUGGAAAAAUGACUUGUCAUCCACAAAGUAGAUAUCCUAACCAACUUGCCAAAACGAUAGUUUGUUAACAAGACAUUUUUUGGAGUGGUUGAAAAAUGAGUUUUAAUGACUCCAACCUAAGUGUAUGUAAACUUCCGACUUCAACUGUAUAUACCUUUCUAUCUAUCUAUAUAUAAUCACUAGCAACAAUAGAAUAAACACAUUUUUUAUUACAUACCUACAAUAGAAAAUUGGAAAAUAUCUUCUUUCUAAUGAUAUUUCUCAACUCCUAAUAUUGAGCAAAUUACACUCACUGGAGUAUCUGACAUAGGCUUUGAAAAAGCACCAUUGCGACAAGUGCUGCUGGUAAGCUCUCUUGACACAUUUUUGCCAACACUUGGCUAGCCUUUGUUUAACCAGCUAAAGAGCUGCUCUUAGCGAAAAUGUGUUUGGAGUUACCUUUCUAGCUAAUAGGCUAUGUUAGAGUUUACACUUACUCUUCCCAUUAUAUUGUGGGGGAGGUCAAAAUAAUGAAAAACUAUCUACCAAAUCUAUUCAUUUUAAAAUGUUGAUUACUUAUCCUUGCCAUUAUCAUUCACCUGAUGUUAAGACAAUAACAUUUUUGUUUGUUGAUAAGACAAUGUUUAUUUUUUAAACAUGUUUUAUGAACGUAUGAUGGGGGUCCCUGGGUCACCGGUUUGCCUGGGAGGGGGUCCCUGGGCAAGAAAAGGUUGAAGACCCCUGGAAUAACUGAUUCAUUCAUAUUAACCUGUUCUGUGGAAUGUUAAAAUGAUCAAAUGAGGUAGGAAUGUAAAGAUGUUUGCAUGAAUAUCUUUGGUUCCUUCUCCUUACUCUGUGGUAUAUGUUGAUCACUCUGCCCCACCCUGGACUCUCCGGCGCCCCUCACAGCUGAGUUGAGAUUACAGCGGGAGCUUUCCUCUCCCCCACUGGCAGACAGCCUGCGGACCAAAGGAGAGGUCACCCCUCUCCCUCCCAUCGCCUCCACCACAACUAAUACCUUCUCUCCAUGGGAGGCCUCACUGGACGACCCCUUCCUGGCUCUGAAGCCCAUCCCAGCCCGGGCCCAGAGUGCCCCCAUCACCCGGCGGGCUGAGCCCUUAGACCCCCAGGGUCCAACCCCAACCCCCCCAGCCCCAGCCGGGCUCCCUCAGGGAGAGGACCAGUCAGCCUUCUCCUGGUCCCAGAGCCAGUGGAUAGCCUUCAACGACGACUUUGUGCCACUCCGACGCCAACAGAGUUGCAGUCCUGGUACGGGUACAGGCCCAGUCAGCCGUGACCGGACCCAGUCAAACCCACCUACCAGCAGGACCCAGUCUAACCCUCCUAUUGGCAGGGUCCAGUCUGGCCGGUCCAUCCUUUUCUUCUCUGAGGACCCCGCUGACCCCUAUAACAAGAUGCCGCUGAGCAGUGGGGUUGUGGAGGACAGCGCCUCCUGUGUCUCGGAGGUCUUAUCAGCACUGACAGAGGGGAUGGUAGCCUCAGCAGCAGCAACAGCUAGCCAAACACACAACGGUAACCUCUAGCAUGCCAUAAACAAAUGUUUUUUUGUCUGAUUGAAGUUUGAAGUGUUGCCUUUUUGUUUUUUAAAUAUUUUUCUACUUUUUAAAAUUGUCUUUUCAGUUUGAGAUGUCCACCUUUUUAUAACAAUGUUAUAUACAAUCUUUUUGGUUGAAUAAUAUACUUUGAUUUGUGUUUUUUUGUUUUGCUUGUUUGCCUUAGAGAAUUGUUUACACAAAGUUUUGUGAGUUAUGUUCCUUUUUUCUGUAUGCAUUCUAUGAUUUGGAAUUUGUGCAUGUCGUGACUUCUGUGUUGAUGCAUGAUUUUGCAUUACGUUGAGUGACUCAGUGAUGUCUAAGAAGUUUAAAUUCACUGAACCUGUUUUAGAAUUCCAUCAGAAAUAUAUUAGUAAUGCAGCAUGGGGUUACCUUAUCAUACCGUAGCUCACUUCUGCUUUUUGUCUAUGAUUGACGCUCUCUACCCCCUCCUCCCCGCCCCUCUGCAGUGCCUGCCCUGGCCAGACCAACUACUCCUCUAUCUGGAGCCCUGGUGCCUCCUCCACGACCCUCCUCCAGACCCAAACUACACACAGGAAAACUCACAGGAAUCAAUGAAAUUGUGAGUAUCUCCACCAGAGUAUCUGCCCAGUAUCUAAUAGAGAAUCUCUAGUAUCAUCAACCUAUCUUUUUGUACGUCAGAGCAUUGAUUGAUGAAACCAUUCCCUAUUAAUGAAUGAUAAUGGACUACAUUUAUUUAGUGUUUUUCACUCUUGCUAUAUACAGUACCAUGUAUGGGGUUAACUUGCCAUAUCCAUCACUAUUGGUUGAUUUCUGGGUUUGUGCGGUCUAUCCAACCAGGUGCGGCCGUUCAGCCCGCCUAAGACGUUGUCCAAUGCCAGUCCUCCUCUGGCUGCUCCCCUCGCCCGGGCAGAGAGCUCCUCCUCCCUGUCCUCCACCGCCUCCCUCAGUGCCUCCAACACACCCACCGUGGGUAAGAACAUGACCAAGCUCCAUCACCUCCCAUCUCUGUACCUCGUACCACCUGCUUUAUGGUCUACUCCUUUCUACUCUUCUCUUGUCUUCUACUCCUUACCUCCUCUUUACAGUCUUCUCUUCUCCAUUCCCCUCUUCUCCUUUCACCUCCUCUACUCUACUUCGAUUCACAUUUCUUAACAACGUCCUUUCCUCUCAAACAAUUCUCAGCUUUUUUCCUCUCCUCUCCUCCACUCUCACCUGACCUAACCCCACUUCUUGUCUUUAAACCUUAUUGGGCUUCUCUCCUUCCCUCACUCCUCUCCUUCCCUCACUCCUCUCCUCCUCACAGGGCCUGAGCAUACCUUUCGUCCUUCCCGCUCCUCUCCGGAACCAGAGUUCCUCCUUUCUCCCUCUCCUCUGUUUCUCCUCAGCCAAAGUGAGUCUCCUUUCUCCUCCCUCACUGUCACUCCGCAAAGCACCUAAUGCACACAGUGUGUCAUCCUGAUUUCGUACAAAUGCUCACAUUCACACCCAGGUGUGUUGGUUUGGAGCCCAUUGCCUAGUACCAUCUCACCUGCCCAGAGCCAUCACCUCACCUCACCUCACCUCAUCUCAUCUCACCGCUUUCUUGUUUUUUUUGGUUUCUUUCCUCUUUCUUUUAUUUUGUUGGGCCCUUAAAGAGGAUGCUGGUUUCAUUGGGAAGCUGCCCACCUUUGAGAAGCUCUGUGAAACACCUGCAGGUAGGGGGUGUGGUCAAGUAGCCUGGACACGCCUCUCUGUUUGUGACACACUAACAACGGCCACUCGGAUUGGCUGUCUGCUCUGUCUGCCUGCUCAUGAAAAAUCUGUAUCUUCUCAACGCGCCUGUCUCUCUGUCAGCAUACGCCUCUCUCUCACUGUGAACGUCCAUGUAAUCAACAAACCGUUAAGCAUGGUUGUGUUCUGUUGAGUAACAAAUAACAAUUUGAAGGUAGGAAGUUAAUUGCAGUGUUUAACAGUUCUUACUCAAAGAAUCCCAGACAGUAAUUCAUUCCAAUGGUAAAUGUAUAAUAAUUCUUAACAAUACCUAAUAUUUUACCCAAAUCUAGAACAUUUAAUUCCUAGAGAGGUGUGAUUGUUUUGGUAUGUAAUGUCUUGGGAUUUUUUAAAUGCACUUUUCCUCUGAAAUAAUGGAAGGAUUAUUAGUCUAUUUUCCAUAAUGAUAUAAUUGAAUGACUGACCUUAUUAUGUAGUACAUUAACUGUGUUCUUCAGGUUGUUGUCUGUUGCAUGAAUGAGUGUGAGCCUUUAUCAUUUUGAUGUCAAAGUUAAAUUGAAUAGUACAAUUCAGUCAUAGCAAUACACUUUCUCUCUCUCUCUCCUCGCCUUCUCUCUCGCUCUCCUCUCUCUCUCCUCCCCUCUCGCCAUCGCGAAAGCCGAAGAACCCAAUGCUACAGAAAAGCGCAAGUAGACCCGGAAUCUCCACAGAUCCACUGCCCUCAUACACUCUCCCUCUCCUCUCCCUCCCCUCUCUUCCCUCUCCCUCAGGGACGUCUCGCGGUCCCAGCCCGGUGACCCUGGCAUCCCAGGAUGCCUUGCCCAUCGCUGUGGCCUUCACAGAGUCUGUUAAUGCCUACUUCAAAGGAGCUGAUCCCACUAAGUGAGUCUCACAUGACCACCUACAGCUCAGAGAGCUAGCCCUUAGCCUGGGCCUAACACACACAGCACACACAAUAUGCACACAAGUGAACACACACACCUUACACGUAGACACACUGCAUGCAUGCAGACACACACACACAUACCGCUGUACACACAAAUGCGCGCACACACAUACACACACUAUGAACAGCCAUUGGUGCACUGCAUAUACUGCUGCAUACUGCUAUUCAACUCGUCCAUACACAUAAUAUGUUACACACAUUUUUAAGUUAAACUUUGCUCCAUACUUCACACACACGACGAGCCAGUGGGCUAUGUCUGUCUGUCUGUCUGUCUGCGUGUGUGGAAUGGUUUAGAUUUUGGUUAGGCCGACACCAUUCUUUCAGAGUGGAUAACCCACACGGGGCAGAUUAUAGUCUGUGACAUAGAAAACAUACACCCUUUUAUUGGUUAACUGCUGUUAAAUUGCUGUUGUGCAAAAUGAUUAUUUUUGCAGGGAUUACCGAAUGGAACAUUUCAUAAGCAAUGCAGCGGACACACAGGGAGGGUUGGAGCUCAUACGUGGACCACACCACAGCACACUGGGAUGGGGCUAGACUACCAGGCCUUGUUUAGAUUUGGACUGAGGUAGCCUUGGACUGAGUUGUACUGGGUCUAAUUUAGACUUGGAUGAGUUACAUUUGGAGUUAAACCAGUGGACUAACUAAGACUGAGACUGUGUGGACUGCCUCGGACUAGAAUUCCAUUAAAUGUACUGUGAUAGACUGGACUAGUGGGCAGAUGUUUAACCCUUUGUGUACUGCUGUGCCGCUCAGGUGCAUAGUGAAGAUCACAGGUUUAACACUAGAACCGCUGGGCCUUUCAGCCUAUAAGUACCUGCUAGAUAGAGAACAUUGCCAGGUGUCUCCUUUAGCAUACGCAUUAGAUGCAUAUCAACCCGCAAGGUGUGCAGGCCAAAUGAUUUGCCAUGAACAUACGCACCAAUGCUUGAUAAAUAGUGCAUAAACAAUUGUAAAUGAUGAAUUGCAUUAAGUAAUAUUUAUGGAAAUAUAUCCAUGACAAGAUUAUGAACAAACUGAGGAAAAACUCAAACCAAGUUUAUUCACCGACUGGGUAAUACAGCUGCAAAGACAAAGCAUGAUUACACAAGCGCAUAUAUUUAUAACCUUCUAAUAGGCGUGGUCAACUCCUUACACAACCAAUACAUCUCUGUUGCUAGGCAGGAAUUUCAUUGGUUCCUCUCCCUGGUGUAGUCACAGCCCUGCCUGUUACUAAAACCAUUGUGGGCGUGGAAUGUGUGUGAGAGAUACAGUGGGGAAAAAAAGUAUUUAGUCAGCCACCAAUUGUGCAAGUUCUCCCACUUAAAAAGAUGAGAGAGGCCUGUAAUUUUCAUCAUAGGUACACGUCAACUAUGACAGACAAAUUGAGAUUUUUUUUCUCCAGAAAAUCACAUUGUAGGAUUUUUUAUGAAUUUAUUUGCAAAUUAUGGUGGAAAAUAAGUAUUUGGUCACCUACAAACAAGCAAGAUUUCUGGCUCUCACAGACCUGUAACUUCUUCUUUAAGAGGCUCCUCUGUCCUCCACUCGUUACCUGUAUUAAUGGCACCUGUUUGAACUUGUUAUCAGUAUAAAAGAUACCUGUCCACAACCUCAAACAGUCACACUCCAAACUCCACUAUGGCCAAGACCAAAGAGCUGUCAAAGGACACCAGAAACAAAAUUGUAGACCUGCACCAGGCUGGGAAGACUGAAUCUGCAAUAGGUAAGCAGCUUGGUUUGAAGAAAUCAACUGUGGGAGCAAUUAUUAGGAAAUGGAAGACAUACAAGACCACUGAUAAUCUCCCUCGAUCUGGGGCUCCACGCAAGAUCUCACCCCGUGGGGUCAAAAUGAUCACAAGAACGGUGAGCAAAAAUCACAGAACCACACGUGGGGACCUAGUGAAUGACCUGCAGAGUGCUGGGACCAAAGUAACAAAGCCUACCAUCAGUAACACACUAUGCCGCCAGGGACUCAAAUCCUCCAGUGCCAGACGUGUCCCCCUGCUUAAGCCAGUACAUGUCCAGGCCCGACUGAAGUUUCUAGAGUGCAUUUGGAUGAUCCAGAAGAGGAUUGGGAGAAUGUCAUAUGGUCAGAUGAAACCAAAAUAGAACUUUUUGGUAGAAACUCAACUCGUCGUGUUUGGAGGACAAAGAAUGCUGAAUUGCAUCCAAAGAACACCAUACCUACUGUGAAGCAUGGGGGUGGAAACAUCAUGCUUUGGGGCUGUUUUUCUGCAAAGGGACCAGGACGACUGAUCCGUGUAAAGGAAAGAAUGAAUGGGGCCAUGUAUCGUGAGAUUUUGAGUGAAAACCUCCUUCCAUCAGCAAGGGCAUUGAAGAUGAAACGUGGCUGGGUCUUUCAGCAUGACAAUGAUCCCAAACACACCGCCCGGGCAAAGAAGGAGUGGCUUCGUAAGAAGCAUUUCAAGGUCCUGGAGUGGCCUAGCCAGUCUCCAUAUCUCAACCCCAUAGAAAAUCUUUGGAGGAAGUUGAAAGUCCGUGUUGCCCAGCGACAGCCCCAAAACAUCACUGCUCUAGAGGAGAUCUGCAUGGAGGAAUGGGCCAAAAUACCAGCAACAGUGUGUGAAAACCUUGUGAAGACUUACAGAAAACGUUUGACCUGUGUCAUUGCCAACAAAGGGUAUAUAACAAAGUAUUGAGAAACUUUUGUUAUUGACCAAAUACUUAUUUUCCACCAUAAUUUGCAAAUAAAUUCAUAAAAAAAUCCUACAAUGUGAUUUUCUGGAGAAAAAAAAUCUCAUUUUGUCUGUCAUAAUUGAUGUGUACCUAUGAUGCAAAUUACAGGCCUCUCUCAUCUUUUUAAGUGGGAGAACUUGCACAAUUGGUGGCUGACUAAAUCCUUUUUUCCCCACUGUAGUACUACAGUAGGAGAGACAUUGUGGUGAGCCUCUCUGCCCCCCCUACCAGAAGUUUCUUCUCACUUCAUCUGUUGAUUUGACCUCGAGACGCAUUCCUCGCUCCUACCUAGUUCUACAAAGUCCUAGUGAAAGAUGUAUAGCUUAUUUUCGUUUCCCUACAAUAAAACAUUAGUGGUAAUACAUUUGAUCAAUUUGAUUUGUAGAUUUGAUUAGUAAUAGAGUUAUAGUAAGUAAUACAGGCAAGUUUCAGCUUCUUUUGACAAUGUAGAAAUUCAAAGAUAAUAUAACCAGGCGGUUACUACUUUACCACUCUCCAUCACUGAUAUGGAGUACAGUUCUGCUGGUAUGUUGUUUUGCGCAGAGGGUGGCAGCUCCCUGCUCUGUUUGUUCACGGUUCCGAGCAGGCUAGUCUUCUUUGCAAUCAACUUGUCUGCCAGGGAAAUUGAUGUGAAGAAGUUGUCCAUGGUCACUGCCUUUGCAGUCUCCACGAGUCUCAAAACCACAGUCUCAGACAGUCACUCACCAGCUAGCCUGGUUUAAUCUUUCCCCAGAUAUGGAAAGCCAUUGAGCAAGUACUUGUUGGCCGCCGAUGUCGAAACCCAAAACUUAAUUCAAAAUUUGUCCAGUUUGUUGGCCAUGUAUCGGGUGAAAUGGCACCGAGAUUUGGUUGGGAAUAGUUGCUCAUCAACAGUUAUAUUCUCUCCUGGCAAUGCAGUUCUUUACACAACAUUUCCAGGGGUCUGAGACGGCGGUGAUCUUGGUCCGUCUGCACGCGUUGGUCUUGCAUCCUUGCCAUCAAAAUGCAGGUGUCACAUAAUCUCUCUGAAGCGGUUGCGUGGCAUGGUCUCUUGGGAAAAAGUUCACCUCAAACCUAUCAGAUCAAAUGGACAAGAGUGCAAUAAAUGCUUUGAGUUCAUCUAUAGACAUGUCCCACGUACUGUUUCCUUUUCUGUGCGCAUGAGUAAUAGUACAAUCUCUGAUGUGCUGCAACAUCUGCGUGUCAAAUAAACAAAGAACUGUGUCGAGUGCAGUGGCAAUUUGUCUCUUUGCGUGAGCUGUAGGGCCUGCUCUCUCUGUGCUGCUCUUCUCAUCUCCUCAGGUGUAGUAAAGAUCAGUUGUUUAACCCUUUGCAUACUGCUCUGUUCUCCUCCCCUCGGGUGCAUAGUGAAGAGCACAGGUUUAACCCUUUGCGUGCUGCUCUCCUUCACUCUCUAGGUGCAUAGUAAAGAUCACGGGUGACAUGACCCUGUCCUUCCCCAUGGGUAUCAUCAAGGUGUUCACCAGUAACCCCUCCCCUGCCGUGCUCACCUUCAAACUGAAGAGCACGUCCAAGCUGGAGCAGAUCCUUCCAAACCAGACACUACUGUUCAGGUGAGUGGAGAAAUUCUAACAUUCUGAUAACGUUUUAUUCACAGGUGAUAUGGUUAACAUAAACAUUCAUACAACGUUUUAAUGAACCUGUUUGAUGUGUAGUUACCAUACAGGCGUACAGGACCAUAGAGAAUCAUUCAGCUAUAUCAGUAAAGACCAGAUUCCAAUACAGGUGUGGGCAUGCGUGGAACCAAAGGAAGGCUGUAACACUGUUUGAACACCAGUGGGCCAGACUGGAGCAUAUCAGGGUGGCAGCCCGUGGAGAGAGAGGUGUUGAGAGGGGGAGGGGGGAACCUAGCUUGCGUCAUUGAGGGGAAAAUCUAUUAGCAUCAGUCAUAAAGCUAUCAUUAUCCUGACAGCGACCUAUUUUCAGACAUCAGGUUCUCAACAGGCCAUGUCUAGAGGAGUGUUGCAUCAACUCUCAACAAGCUACAAUAUCACCUCUAAAUGUAAGCGUCAUGUUGUGUUUCCUCCGGAAUAGCCACCAUGUAUCUAGCCCUAGCCAACUUAUUAGCAGUGAACCAUCAGUGGAAAAGAGACAGCCACCUGAGUUAGUCUCUUUGAAGAGUGGAUUCCUUUCUUCCCCCAAAGGAGAAGAGGGUGUUUUCUUCCCCCUCCUUUCUUUCUCUCCUUCUCGGUCUACUUCCUCUGGUUAACUCUGAGACCACAUGGCUGGACUAAUUGAAUCAAACAGAAUUCAUGUUUUAAUAGCUGGGGGGCAAUAAAAGGGUAACUCUUUCCAGCUAUUGGAGCUCAGCGCAAGCACACACACACACACACGCACACACUGCCGCCGAGCAGAACAAUGAAUACUUGAGUCUCUGAUCAUUUCUCGUGUGUGUGCGCGUUAUCCAGUGAUCCCUCGCAAAGUGACGCUAAUACCAAGGACUUUUGGUUCAACAUGCAAGCUCUCACAUCCUACCUCAGGAAAGCAUCAGAGCAGAACCCUGCUGCGUCCUACUACAACGUGGACAUCCUCAAAUACCAGGUUAGUCCCAGACUAAACAAAAUACUCACUUUAGUAUACUGUAUACCCCUACAGUAUAUACUCACUAUUGUGGUAAUAAUGCAGAAGUCCAGAAGUAAAAUAUUGUGUUUAUAAAUGUAUUUAUUUCACAUAUUGUUAAUGUAUACAUUUUUGGGCAUCUCUCCAAUAAUAUGAUCUUUGCCCUUUUCCCGCUGACCUUAUGCCGUGUUCCUGGGUGCGCACGUGUCCUAUAAUGGGAUCCAGUACGCCCCUCUAAUCCUUGCAGUGUACUGGAAGUGUACCCCCGCUACCACUGACCUGACCUCUGACCUGUGUCCCUCUGUCUAGGUGUCCUCUAAUGGGAUCCAGUCCACCCCUCUGAACCUGGCAGUGUACUGGAAGUGUACCCCCACCACCACUGACCUGAGGCUGGACUACCGUUACAACCCAGAGUCCAUGCUCUGCCCCGGCCCUCUUUCCAACGUACAGGUCCUAGUGCCCGUAGACGGAGGGGUCAUCAACAUGCAGUCCCUGCCCAAUGCUGUCUGGUGAGAGAAACGAACAGAGAACAUGUGGACAGCAGUACUAUUUAGAUAUUGAUGCUUUGAUUGAUUGCUUGCUUGAUUGAUUCGUAUUGACCGACUGAUAUUGAUAAAUUGAUUUUCCAUUACAAAAACAGACCACAACAGUCAAGACAGCAUAGCACUGGCAUCAGCUGUGAGCAUGGUUAAUGUUCAGUACUUAUCGCUAGCAAUAUAUGUGUUUCGUAGUUGUGUAUCUGUACUAAUAGCAGUGUUUCCCCUAGGUUUUAUUUUCAGGAGUGGUGGCAGAGGUAGUGGUGGGGGCGAGGGUGGGGUCUUCCUGAACGAUUGUGAGAAGGUUUUUUCUGGUGACUUUUUUAAAAGGACAUUCUACUCCAAAAUGCGUGAACUUCCUUUGAAAUUCAUCUGAAAAUCUAGGACAGUUUAAUUGUAUUUUUUGAACUCAAUGACAUCACCAGCCAAUUCUAUAUUAACCCCCAAAAAAUGUUGCUAGCAUAACGUUACUGUAUCUUAGCUAACAGUUAUUACAUGCAUCUAUUGGCUACACUUCCAGGAUUACCUUGGAGGUUUUUCAGACGAUCUGAUGAGAAUCUGAAGAAGAUAUGUAACUUGUUACAGCUUGUCACUCUGAUCUUAAAAGCGCAUCUCUGCAUAUUUAUUAAAAAAUACUAUAUAUACUUUAUAUAUACAGUGCAUUCAGAAAGAAUUCAGACCCCUUUACUUUUUCCACAUUUUCUUACGUUACAGCCUUAUUCCCUCAAUCUACACACAAUACCCCAUAAUGACAAAGCGAAAGCAGGUUUUUAGAAAUGUUUGCAAAUGUAUUAAAAAUAAAAAACAGAUAUCUAUUUACAUAAGUAUUCAGACCCUUUGCUAUGAGACUCGCAAUUGAGCUUAGGUGCAUAUAUAUGUGUGUGUGUGUGUGUGUGUGUAUGUAUUUAUAUAUAUAUAUAUAUAUAUAUAUAUAUAUAUAUAUACACACACACACACACACACACACACACACACACACACACACACACACACACACACACACACACAGUGAGGGGAAAAAAGUAUUUGAUCCCCUGCUGAUUUUGUACGUUUGUCCACUGACAAAGACAUGAUCAGUCUAUAAUUGUAAUGGUAGGUUUAUUUGAACAGUGAGAGACAGAAUAACACCAAAAAAAUCCAGAAAGACGCAUGUCAAAAAUGUUAUCAAUUGAUUUGCAUUUUAAUGAGGGAAAUAAGUAUUUGACCCCUCUGCAAAACAUGACUUAGUACUUGGUGGCAAAACCCUUGUUGGCAAUCACAGAGGUCAGACGUUUCUUGUAGUUGGCCACCAGGUUUGCACACAUCUCAGGAGGGAUUUUGUUCCACUCCUCUUUGCAGAUCUUCUCCAAGUCAUUAAGGUUUCGAGGCUGACGUUUGGCAACUCGAACCUUCAGCUCCCUCCACAGAGUUUCUAUGGGAUUAAGGUCUGGAGACUGGCUAGGCCACUCCAGGACCUUAAUGUGCUUCUUCUUGAGCCACUCCUUUGUUGCCUUGGCCGUGUGUUUUGGGUCAUUGUCAUGCUGGAAUACCCAUCCACGACCCAUUUUCAAUGCCCUGGCUGAGGGAAGGAGGUUCUCACCCAAGAUUUGAGGGUACAAGGCCCCGUCCAUCAUCCCUUUGAUGCAGUGAAGUUGUCCUGUCCCCUUAGCAGAAAAACACCCCCAAAGCAUAAUGUUUCCACCUACAUGUUUGACGGUGGGGAUGGUGUUCUUGGGGUCAUAGGCAGCAUUCCUCCUCCUCCAAACACGGCGAGUUGAGUUGAUGCCAAAGAGCUCGAUUUUGGUCUCAUCUGACCACAACACUUUCACCCAGUUCUCCUCUGAAUCAUUCAGAUGUUCAUUGGCAAACUUCAGACGGCCCUGUAUAUGUGCUUUCUUGAGCAGGGGGACCUUGCGGGCGCUGCAGGAUAUCAGUCCUUCACGGCGUAGUGUGUUGCCAAUUGUUUUCUUGGUGACUAUGGUCCCAGCUGCCUUGAGAUCAUUGACAAGAUCCUCCCGUGUAGUUCUGGGCUGAUUCCUCACUGUUCUCAUGAUCAUUGCAACUCCACGAGGUGAGAUCUUGCAUGGAGCCCCAGGCCGAGGGAGAUUGACAGUUCUUUUGUGUUUCUUCCAUUUGCGAAUAAUCGCACCAACUGUUGUCACCUUCUCACCAAGCUGCUUGGCGAUGGUCUUGUAGCCCAUUCCAGCCUUGUGUAGGUCUACAAUCUAUGGUAGAGAGUGGAAGUGCAACUGCUUGUGUAAGAUACAUGUUCACAUGUCGUCUUUCAUCUCUUUCCACCAGGAACUCGGAGCUGAAUAAGUCUCUAUGGAAGCUGAGUGAUAUCUCAGAGAAGUCUGAUAACGAAGGCUCGGGGUCUCUGAGGGCUAAGUUUGAGCUGUCGGACGGCCCGUCCACCCCAACCACCCUGGCUGUGCAGUUUAUGAGCGAGGGGAGCACGCUGUCGGGGGUGGACAUGGAGCUGCUGGGAGCCGGGUACAGACUGUCCCUCAAUAAGAAGAGGUUUGCCACAGGUACAUAUAGGACCAAGACCUAAACACAGAAUCUGACACCUGAUUUAAGGCUUCUGCAGCCGAAACAUAUGGGUGCAGGAAUAAAGCAAAGGAGCAUAUUGUGUAUGGGAGAUUCUUUCUUUCCUACUCGCCACAUAAUCUAUUCUUACCUAGGAAGAAGUGAUUAGCUACAGGUAAUAACUACUGACUUGUCACCGAUUUUAUUGUUUUAAUGUUUGUGUUGUGACUUGAGCGGAAGACACUCGCGUUUGGUUAGUCAAAUGUGAAUGAUGUGGUCUAUACUGGGGUCUAAUGUCUGUGUUGUUCCUUAUUCUCCUAGGUCGUUACAUGGCAGACUGU